UUUUUUUCAGAUUUAAAAAAAAAAAUUUUUAACUUCCUCAAAAUGUCAGAAGUUUGGAACCAUUUUUAUAUGGCCCCUAACGGUCUUUCAGUCAACUGCAAUCACUGCGGCAAAUUUAUGAAGCGUUCAGAUUCUUCAACAAAAUCAAUGUGGGGGCAUCUAAAAGCCUUCCAUUCCGACCUUGUCGGAGAAGAAACUUUUCGUCUUAAAAGAACCCGAAGAAUGAGAGGAGAAAACAACGGGGAUAGCAAGAAAAAAAGUAAAUCUUCGAGGCAGAAGAAGCCAAAAAUUGAAAAUUUGGAAAAUAAUACAGAAUGCCAAAAUUCGCAAAAUUCAAAUUCGAGUAGUUGUAGCAGCAAUAUAAGUGAAAAUAAUAGUUCUGAAGAGGAGGGGGAAGAAAAUAUAAAAAAUUCUGUUGGUUUUGAGUAUUGCAGUAGUGGGAAUAGUGGAAGCAAUACUCCUCUAUUUGCUGAAGGGAAGCGGCAAAUGAUUAAAGAAGAAGAAAAUGAGGAAGGAAAACACUUUGAAGUCAAUUCUGCUUUAGAAAGGGGUAAACAACCAAUGGGUACUGCCCUCUCUAUUCAGACACUUUUGAAGUUGGAAGAGAAUGAGGAUGGGAUGAAAUGUCCACAAAGUGUUGGGGAGAAUGCUGAACAGAAAUUUGAGUUAUCCCACCAACAACUUGUUCAACUUUCAACUCUACAAAAUCAACAAAAUUUGAUUAACAACCAAAAUCUUCUCUUUGGGUUACCCACAUCAAGUACUCCUUCAAUUACUUCCUCCCUUUCAUCCUCAUCUACCUCCCCGCCCAAUUUUCCUGUCCGAACAAUACCUUCAAAUAUUCAAAAAUCUCCUCCUAACACCCCUUCUCUUACAAAAUAUUCAACUGCUGCUUUAUUACAAAAUCAACAACAGCAAAAAGAAGGCAAAUUGUCCCCAGCACAUGGUUCUGAAGCCCCUCAACAAGCAAUUAAUAAUUUAAAUUUUGAAAUGACUCGACAACAAAAUUUGCCUUUUGACCCUCAGAUUCUUGCGAGGCUAGAAACUGCUGCUGCAAUAAACCAACUGUCACAAUUACAACAACUCGAAACUAGUGCAAUGCUUCAACAAUUACAGCAGAGAAGCAUACAAACAAAUGAACAACAUGUUUUGCAACAACAAACAUUAAACGAAAUGUUUGCCUUGUUUGCUUCUGAAGCAUUUCAACAACAGAAUCAGAAUUUUCCCUCAACAAACAUAAAUCAGAAUUUUCAACAACAACAAGCUUUUGCAACUUGGCUGUGUAAUUUAGAAUGGAUGGCAGCGGUGCAGAGAGCACAACAACAACAACAACAAACAUCAUUAAAACAAUCAGAACAAGAAAUAAACAAACAUUGUUUGGAUGAACAUGUUUUGAAUGGAAAUAAAAAUAAUUUAACAACAAAAACAUCCAAAACAAACAUUUCCCAACAAAACAUCUCUCAACAAAACAUCAAUUCUUCUUUACAAACAUUUCAACAACAACAAACAACAUCAGAAACAUUUGCUGCAGCAUUACAACAAGUUUUAUUUCCCCAAACACAAUUCGAACAACAAAUGAAUAAACAAUGUUUUUCUGAUUUAAAUAAACAUGCGACAACAACUAAAACACAUCAAAAACGCAAAAGCGGCCUCACUUCGGCUACACUUUUAGCUACACCAACGCCCUCAACAUCAGAACCUCCUUCUACCCCUCUUCAAGUCUUAGCUGAAACAGCAAGUUCGCUAAAUAAUAAAAUGUUUCCAAAUAUUUCUACAAACGACAGUCAACCUUCUCUACCCAAAGCUCCCCGUCAAGAAAAUUUUACUUUAAAACAGCAGCAAUUAAUUAAUGAACAUCAUUUGGCCGAAUCUUUAGCAGAAUCUUUGGUGCUGUAUGGAAUGCAUAGAAUUGCUAUGGAUUUACAACUCUCAUAUUCUGUACAGGCUAAUAAACAGGGAAAAGCUGAAUAUGCUUUUUACAAAAAUUCGGGAGGGAUCUCAACGUAAGGCUGAUUUUGAAAAAUGUUUUUAAGUGAUUAUUGGAGAAAAUCCUUAAUCAGGGCGCGGCAUCCCAACAAUAUCAAAUCAGUUACUCUAGUUUUUCAGCAACCUUUCCCACUCUUAAGUGUUUCUAAGGAUUACUUUACACUUUUUAGCUACUUUAUCUUAGUCUACUUUAUAAUUCUAUAUAC